CUCUUAUUACCGUUUGAAUUUUCCAUGUUAGUAUAAGUACAUGUACGGUGCAUCGUCCAUCUUUCCUAAUGCAUAUUUCGCUGCGUGUUCAUGCAUUUUUAUAAACGCUUGCAAUCUGGUGGUGUAUAAUGUGUAUCAUAGCUGAUCCGAUGGCAAGACUUCUCCCUUUACAGUUUGCAUACACAACCACAGAAAUUAUCUGCUGGUUGUUGACUUGUGCUCUAUUUCUGCAGUGUGAUUACAUCAAAAUCUUCCCACAAUCACAUAUCAUUUGUUUUCAGUGUGGCUGCUUUUUUUCGCUGCAUUGCAUUGCAAAUUAAACGCGUGAGUUUAUUCCUACAACAGAGACGUCGAAUUGUUUUCCCACUUGUUGCGCUGGAUUAAGGCUAAUUUUAACUAGCUUGAUCAGUGUAAUCUGUCUGCCUACCUGUACGAAACCAAUCAUGUCUCGUUCACGAGUCCUGGAUGCAUUCGUGCGCCUACUGCUUGUAGGCUUCAUAGUUGUCAUUAUCAUGCAUAUAGAUUUGCCAAUGGAGAAUUAUGAAAGCGAUCCUGUCACGGUUAACGUCGAGGAUAAAAUGGCUACCUUCGAUUAUGCUUCGGAUCUGACAGCGUUUGAUCAUAAGUUUGGACAAACUUUCCUUUCAGAACAGGUUAAGGAGUUUAUGGCAGCGCACAAGCAAAAUUGCCAUCCUGACCGGCUUCUUUUCGGUGGCCUGAUGGGACAGAGCCGCGGACUGGGUUUUGGGUCGUAUAUGACGAACGGCCUGUCCGCAUAUCAUAUCGCCCAGAUGGCGCAGCGACGCUUUCAUAUCCUACACUACGAAUGGCCGUACGAGAAACUGACGACUUUUUUUGACGACUUUGCUCGCAACACUCGGUGCCCUAUAUUUGGAAAUAUGGCCGAUCAACAGGCCGUAACUUUAUUAAACAAUAAAAAUAAUUAUCAUCUCGUGUAUGAGAACGACAGCGUAGUGGUAACCAAAGAAGUCGACCUAACUCCCGUGAAUCCCUCCGAGGGAUUCCAUGAAAUGCGUCGCAUCAUUACUUACAUCUAUGACAAGGAUUUUGCUGGCCACUUCCGUACCAAAUCCCUGCUUGCCAAAGCAAUGUGGCAGCUCAAACCCCAUUACGCUGAUUUCGUCAAGAAGCUGAUGUCCGGCGUAUUGGCCAACGGUUUCAUCGGUGUGCAUCUGCGCCGGACGGACAAGAUCGCCUCCAAGGAAAUGGCCAACAUUCCUAUUCAGGAUUUCGCUUUAAAAAUCCGGGAAGUGUUUGCCAGCAAAUCUUAUUCGAAAUGCGUGGUUUUUGUGAUGACGGACGACCAGUCCGCCAGUGACCUGUUGCAGCGGCUGCUGACGGACCGGUGUUCGCUAUACACCAUUGUGGAUCUGGCGAAAACACAUGGAUUCGACCCGGGCAAAUUAUUUAUGGAUCCACUCCACCAGGUGAAGCAUCAUGUCCCGCGAACAAACCGGGAAUACUGGAUUAAACACACAACACAACUUAUUUUAGAAAUGACUAUACUGGCGCUGGCCGAUGAUUUAGUCUGCACAUUAAGCUCUAAUCUGUGCAAUGUAGUAGUUUUAUUGCGGGGCUCUUAUAACGCAUCAGUUUACUCAUUGGAUCUGCCUUGGACACCGGUGUAAAUUUAGGCAUUCUAAUGCCUACCCAGUAAUUUGUAAAGCCGUUCCUGUUUUCUCAACGCGUGGUUUACGUACUUAAUCACUUUGGCGUGCGUUCGUCAUGUGGCCGGUGGCAUGGCGGAAGUGAAAUGCCAGCGAAUUAUGU